AUGGAGACGUCAGAUGGCGAGUCCAGGGGACUGUUGGCAGAGGUCGCCGUGAGAGAUGCGAAGGCUGUCUGCAGAGCUGAUGAAUCCGUCGCUGCUGGCGGACGAAGGUUCGUCAAGACAUGUGCCUGCAUCGCCGUUCUUUGGGUGCUCCUUUCCGUCUUCAUGGGGCUUCUGGCCGGCUAUUCCUUCACGAAGUUGUGCUAUGGCCCUUUCAGUGGCCUCGACGGCUUGCUUCACUCUGUUGGCUUUGUCUGCAAGGACGGGCAGAUUGCGCCGCAGAUGAGCAAGUGUGACGAUAAGUCUUUCUGCAAUGCAGAUGAUGGGCCUAUGUAUACACCGGAGAACGUCACCGACACCCUGGGUGUCUGGGCUCCGGAGUGUACAUCAACGCAGCUUCUGGAAGCCUUCAGGGAGUUCAGUGCGGCCCAGCCAUUCUCGCUGGUUACCUUCAGGUCACGGCCAGGAAAAGAAGGCCAGGAGACCUUGAACCUGAAGGCUUGGUGGCUUCCAGCCCCCGGGGACGAUGGCAGCACACCCCGCAUCAUCGUCCAGCACGGGAACAACGUUGACUUCAACGACAACACCGUCAUGCUCACUGCUUACCUUUUGCGGUCCAUCGGCUUUUCUGUCCUGCUGCCGAAUCACCGGCAUCACGGAAUCCACCGCGUGGGUCAGAGAAUCCGCUGGGGCUACGAUCUGUUUUUGGAUGUCCUGGGCGCCUGGGACUUUGCAGUGGAGGAUCCGGAGGGCCUGCUUGGCGGACAGCUGGAUAAGAGAAAGGUGGGAGUGAUGGGUAUUUCCAUGGGUGGCCUUGCGGCCUUCACGGCCUUUGGCUACGAGCCCGACAUCCCUGCAGCGUGGAUUGACGCAGGCGUUUAUGACCUCCAGGACGAGCUGAGCUUCCAGAUCUCUGCAGCUUUGCCACUGGGUCCUGCCGAUCCUGCCUUGGCAUUGGCCAAAUGGUUUGGCUGGCGCUUCGCCAGCUUCUUCGCCGGGGCAGACAUCGGCCUCUAUGUACUCCAUGUAUGGUGCAUUGGGGUGGGGUUUGGGAGGCUACACAGCCACGUCUCCGUGGGUUUGGGCGAAGUGGGGGAUGCGAAGCCGCACCCCGGCGGGUGGGUACACCAUCUCAAAGCACAUGGAUAUCCACCCGUCUUGCUUCCAGAGGGCUACCAGGAGAGACAAACAUCGCAGCUGAAAGGAAAGGUGGAAGCAAUGGUGAACGACCCAACACUGUCGAGUCGCCCCAGAUGGGAGGUUUCCUGUUGGAAGUCGCUGGCGAACACCUGGUUACGGGCGAAGCAGCAGGUGGAAGCAACCGUCACGGAGCUUGCCCAUCACACCGUGCUAUCGAAUGUCACAGGGGUGAAACCUUGA